AUGGCGCAAGAAGCAACCAAGCCCGCCAAGCGGUCAUCGCCCGUCAAAAAUGGCUACCUGAUUCUGUACAAUGCCGUCUCGACCGUCCUCUGGGCCACCGUCCUCGGACGCACCGUCGGCACCAACAUUCUGAGGGGCCCGGAUUUCGUGCACUUUACGACGGGAGACUUUGUGCUCUGGACGCAGACGCUCAUGAUCAUGGACGUUUUGCACGCCUUGUUUGGUGUCGUCCGCUCCGAUCCCUUCACUGCCGCUGCCCAGGUCGCCUCCCGAUACGUCGCCGUCUGGGCCGUUCAGUACCCCUUUCCGGAGCUGUGCUCGUCGCCCAUCUACUCGUCGAUGCUGUUUGCCUGGUCGCUGACCGAGGUGAUUCGGUACGGAUACCUUGCGCUCAAGCUGGCCGGUAUUGAGCCCUAUACCUUCCUCUGGGUGCGCUACAGCUCGUACCUCGUCCUAUACCCGGUCGGCAUCCUCAGCGAGAUGGGCAUGAUGUACUUGGCUUUAGGCCCUGCCGGCCACAAGUUUGGUCAGCUAUACCAGGCGUUCCUGCUUGCUUGCCUGGGUCUCAUCUGGCCCGCUGGUGCAUACAUUUUGAUUGGACACAUGAACAAGCAGAGAAGAAAGGUGUUGAGGGCCGCCAAGGAGCAGAAUGUCAAGGCUACCCAAUAA